GUAUUUGUUCAGUAUUUCUCAUUUUGUGUCUGAGACUUUUGUGCCUACGUAUGUUCACCGGACCAAAUAAAAGUUCCUAAGACAGCGUUCUGGACAGAAUAAUUAAAACCGAUUUUUUAAUAUCCUGACGUUUCACUCCCCGUUGCUUGAUAGCGGUGACGAUAGGCCAAUUACGGCGAUACCUGCCAUCGCCGCCCACUAUGCCAUCUUGUGAGCCGCGGUGGAUGCCUGACUGGUCGGUCCUGCCGCGGGAUCUCCUUCUCCACAUCUCCGAACAUUUCACCACCUUCGUUGAUUUCAUUCGCUUCCGUUCCGUCUGUUCCUCGUGGCGCUCCGCCGCCUCGACCCGAAGAGUACCUCCUUCCUUACCCUUGCUCGCGUUCCCUCCAGUCGACCCCGACGACUCCAACCCGACCUGCUUUUUUUUAUCCGUCUCCGAAGCCAGGUUCCUGAAGCAAUGCCUCCCCAAUUCCUGCCGUGAUAAGCGUUUCAUCGGAUCCGCCAACGGAUGGUUCGUGAUGCGCGGAAAGGAUCCGUUCACUUCCGAUGCUUCGCUCCUCAACCCCUUGACCGGAACCGAGAUCCAUCUUCCGCCCCUCUGCCCCCACCAUUUUGGUCGCACCGGCGUCGAAUUCGUCUUCAAAAUCGUGGUCUCGUCCCCAGUUGCCGCCGGCCAAAUCUCUGCGAUCGCGAUCCUAGGUUGCUCAAUGCAGCUCGCUCUGACCCGGCCAGGUGCAGACGAGUGGACUUUGUUCGGCUCGAGCCCGAACUACCAGGACGCCCUUUUCUUUGGUGGGCGCUUCCUCGUCGUUGACAGAUUCAAGAGGGUUUUCGCUUGCGAGGUGGACGAAAGUUCGGGGCCGCGGCUGGUCGAGGUGAUGCGGUACGUUUCGCCCAUUCCGUUCCUAUGGAGGGAGAGGUGCUACCUUGUGGAUUCCGCUGGCGAGCUGAUGAUGGUUAUCAGGCUUUUUGAUGCCACCAAUGCGGUCAAAACCACUGGAUUUGAGGUCUUCAAGGUCGAUCCCAAUCAUCGGAACCAAUGGAUAGAAGUCUCAAGCUUAGGGGAUAGGUCGCUGUUCGUGGGAUUGAACCGUUCCAUCUCAAUCCGUGCAAGGGAACACCCUGGAUGCAUAGAGAACUGCAUCUACUUCGCCGACGAUGAUUUCAGUCACUCGGGGUGGUUUUCCGGUCACAAAUUUGACAUCGGAGUGUUCAACCUCGGCAACAGCAGUAUAGAUUUUUUUCCUGAUUACCAUAGUAAAGAGGAAUGCUAUUUUAGCCGACCUUCACUUUGGUUUUCACCCAGUCUAGUCUGACGAAGGUUACAGGAAUAAUUUGAGAAAAAAAAAUAUCAUCUUUGGUAAUGAAAUUUUCUCUUCUGUCUA